UCCAAUCCGAGCCAAAGCUAGCGAGCCAAAGGGAGCAAGAUGGCGUCAGGUUUAGUCAAAACAACAGCUCAAAGGGUAAAACCGAUCCUCUCGUUAGACCAAACUGAAGCAAGGCGAAGAGCGCUUAAUUUGUACAAGGCGUGGUACCGGCAGAUGCCAACAAUAGUGAAGCAGUAUGAUAUCCCAGUGACUGCUGAACAGGGACGAGCAAAACUACGAGAAGAGUUUGUGAAGAAUAGGCAUGUCAGGGACAUUCGUACUAUAGACCUGCUCGUCAUCAAGGGCCAAAUGGAACUUGUGGAAACCCUGAAGAUUUUCAAGCAAAAGUCACACGUGAUGGCCUACUUCAAAGACACCGUGAAUCCUAAACCUACAGAUUUUAUGUCAAAAUUCUUGUCCGGACAGUAGCAGGACCUUUGCCCUAGAAAAGUGCUGAAAGUAAGCUGACAGGUUAUUCUUGGUUUGGUGUAAAUAAAAGUAGGUAAUCAAUCAAA